AUGUCGAUCAACUGGGUGAUGUUACAAGGGCCAGAAGGCUUUGUUCGGCUACCCAAUGAGCACCAGCUCUUCACAUCUCCGCCGCGCACCAGCCUCUCUCUGCAACCCCUAGGUUCCAGUUCCAGCAAGGAUACAUUCUCCCUUCAGAGUAGUGCCGGCCAAAUAUAUCUCACCAACCAAAGGGUCGUUUACAUCCCCGCCCAACAAACCAAGGACUUUGAGUCAUUUUCUGCACCACUCUUGAAUGUCCAUGAUGCCCAUGUCACAGCGCCGUUUUUUGGACCAAAUGCGUGGAUGGCUCUUGUCCAGCCGGUAUCUGGCGGAGGCAUCCCCGCAUCAUUGCCCGCUGUACAGGUUAAGGUGACGUUCAAAGAGGGAGGAGCGUUUGACUUCCACAACAACUUCGAGAGAAUCAAGGAACGUCUGCAACAGGCUGUCGAGAACACCCAGGCGACUAGUCGAGGCGCCCGAAACGUCGACUUGUCUGCUAUCCAUCUAGACGAGCUCCCUGCGUAUUCCGGUCCAUCGGGUGGCACAUCUGGAGCUGGCCAUGGUACUGCAAAUCGGCCGUUGAGCCCACAGAGUCAUCGCGCCGGUCAGGAUACGGGCCCAGAACCCAUGGAGCCCCCACCAGACUAUGAGGAGGUACAGCAGCAGAGUGUCGCGGAUGCGCUCGAGGAGAGACUGCGUCGGGCUAGUUGA